AUGGCAUUUGAUUGGAACGGUCGUAACCUUUAUGUUGGGAAUAAAAUCUCUCAAACAAUCGAAGUUGUUCGCACUGUCGGAACUCAGUAUCGAGCAGUGGUGCUUUCGAAUGACCAGACUCCUACAGCCGUUGUGACACCGGUAUCUAUAGCUGUGGAUUCUGACAGAGGAUUACUGUUCUGGCUUGAUAGACUCUUCUACUCUGACAGCGCUUUCGAUUCCAUCGAUGUGGCCACGAUAGUCGGCGACGGUCAACCUCCACAAUUCUCUCAUUUCAAGAAGGAUGUCGAAAAUCUAGUUAACAUCAAAGUGCUGCAGCCAAGAGCUUGUGAGUUGCCUACACAGUGCUAGCA